AUGCAGCAGCCUUUUUGGAUUACUACCCUCUGCAGCGUUGAAAUCUCCCCGUCUUCCCCGCCCCAAUCAGCCCCAUCAAGGCGUGUGGGCGUGCAGUAUCGGACAGGCAAUCUGGGCCCGAACCUGCCAUGGCUGCAGGGUGGGAUGCAGCCUCCUAGGCCUCCGUCAGCCAGGCCCGAAGGACGUGGCGUGGCCCAGCUCUCCAGCAGGAGGAGAUCGAGGCAGAUCGAGGCAUUUCCAGGGGCGGUGUCCGAGGAGGAAGAGGCGGCAUAUGGCGAACACGACUGGGAGGUGGGGUGGCUGCCUCGCGAGCACUGUUUAUUUAGGCGCCGCGGCCAGCAGUGCGUGAGUGUCGGCUGGCUGUCGGAUUGCCCUGGGUUUACGGGCCUCUUUGAAGGCUUAGCUUGGACUCCGGGACUACUAAAAGUGAAGGCAGUGCGACCACCAGCAGCUUCAGUCACACAGCUCCGUCUUGGCGUGACUGCUUGCCGGACUUCCAACACCAGUGCUCUAGAGACAGCAACGUUAACAGAAGGAUAUGCAAGGGCUAGAGAUAAAGUGACAAUGGAAGACACGACAUCUGCCAACCAGCCUUCGACCACCGCCACGCCAACGAUGGAAUCCGCCAAGUGUCAAGAGGCUGUCGACAUGAAGUUUGCAACGUGUUUGGUGCUGCUGGCGAUCACGGCAGCACACGGCCAGAACUGGUCAUGGGGUUCCGAUGAGCCGGAUCCUGCCCCUGCCGAUGAGACUCCAAGGACGCCGAGGGUGACUGGACCUCUUCAGGGGACUUCGGAGGGCAGUUCGAAGGCCCUGGAUGCCGAGGAUGAAGAACUUCACCCGAGGUUCUUCAACCUGUGUGCCAUCGGGAUUGGGAUCAAUGUAAGUGUGUCCACCCAAACCGCCGAAAGUUCCACAUGGAGGCCAGUACCAGAGGCCUUUCCAAUCCUCGUUCACGCCCUCACACGGCAGCCACCAGCCCAACCACUACCGCCCACCACCCUCAAAGCCUCACUACACCCCUCCACCCCGACCCCUGCCCACUAUUCACCCCAACCCCCGCGCCCCAUUACACCUCGACCCCCGUGGUACAGCACAUUCCACACCCCACACCACCACAACACGGGCGGUAGCGUGGACGUAGGCAUUGGCGCCGCGCCCCAACCGCCCUACCAAAGACCUACCCAGCGCCCUUGGUACGCAGAAGAGUGCCAGUGCGUCCACCCCUCCUUCUGCGCCGCCCUCGACGUCAUUCCGAGGAGCAACGACCCUCAUCACGUGGACCCUUCGUCCCUCAUCGACCCCCGAUCGCGCCUGCCCUCCUCGGGGAUCCUCUCCAACAGCACUGAUGCCGAGGCCGAGGAGGAGGACAGGAUCGUCUACCCGACCGCCGAGGAGGAGGGAAAGGAGUCGCGGACCAAGAGAGAGCUUCUGGAAGGUUCUGUCAAUGGCACAAGCAUCCAGGAGCGCCGAAGUUACCAGCCCGGCCUGAGCGGCUGCGGCCACGGCCUCGUGUGCUGCCGCAACCCCGUGUUCGAGCCGGCCGUCGAGUGCGGGCGCCGCCACUCCGCCGGGCUCCUCGGACGCAUCAAGACCCCGAUCCUGGAGAACGGCGACACGGAGUUCGGCGAGUACCCGUGGCAGGCGGCCAUCCUGAGGGACGAGAACGGCCACAGCGUGUACGUGUGCGGCGCGACGCUCAUCGGCGCUCGCCACGUGCUCACCGCCGCCCACUGCGUCAGCAACCUGGGCGCCCGCGAGGUGAGAGUCCGCCUGGGCGAGUGGGACGUGCGCGCCAAGACCGAGUUCUUCAGCCACAUCGAGGUCAGGGCCGCCAGCGCCCUCGUCCACCCGCAGUACUACGCCGGCAGCCUCAUCAACGACAUCGCAAUCGUCACGCUGGAACGCAGCGUUGACUUCUCGGCCAACCCCCACAUCUCGCCCGUGUGUCUCCCGGACGCUUACAACAGCUACGUGGGCCAGAGGUGCCACUCCACCGGCUGGGGCAAGGACGCCUUCGGGAACGGAGGGAAGUACCAAACCAUCCUGAAGGAGGUGGAGCUGCCCAUCGUCUCCCACCGCCAGUGCGAGAGGGCCCUGCGCGACGCGCUCGGCCCCAACUUCUCCCUGCACAUCGGCAACCUCUGCGCAGGCGGAGAAGGAGGCAAAGACGCCUGCAAGGGCGACGGCGGAGGUCCCUUGGUGUGCGACGGACCCCACGGCGCCGUCCAGCUGGCAGGAUUAGUGUCCUGGGGUGUAGGAUGCGGCGAGCCAGGUGUCCCCGGAGUGUACGUCAAUGUGUCCUAUUACCUCGAGUGGAUCCUAGAACACACGAGGCACUACCUAUGAGGCUUUUAUUGCUUUGACACCACUACUGGCCUGGUGCCAAUAGUGCCAAACCGCAGAAUGAUAUAUAAAAAAUACAUAGUUAUAUUUAUCGUAGCUGUACCUGUGUCUUGGGAUGUGUCUCCCUGUUGUAUAUAAUGUAGUCGUAAGUGGCGUCUUCUGGAUACAUAUUAAGAACUAAGUG